AUGGACGGUGGCUCUUCGAUUGCCCCCACGGCUCUCGGCUCGCUCUUUCGGCCUACGACUUCGACGAGUUUCCGCCAAAAAUCGGAGAUAGCCUUUGCUCGCUUGCACUUAGAUUCCAAGUCACAAAUGGCAAGCGAAUCAUCUGCUCUCUUGCCAGAUCAUCCUUCUCCGACGACGACAGGCUCACGUUUCGUCCAGUCGUCCUUUAUAACGCCCUCAUUUCUCUGGAAAUCUGGUGCCAUCUCGAUGGCCGUCGGGAUGAUUGCUGGGGCCUUUGGCUCGCAUGGCCUCCGUUCACGUAUGGCAAGCGAGCAACUUGAAUCCUGGAAAAUAGCAUCCAACUAUUCAAUCUUCAACGGUCUCGCCCUCUUGGUCAUUUCGAGCCAUCCCAGGUUUUCUAGACACGUCUACGCCGGGCCAGCUAUUCUUUUCGGCUCAAUCGUCUUCUCUGCAUCUAUUAUGGCAUUGGUUCUUAACCGCGAAAGGUUUAGAUUCCUAGGACCUAUCACUCCCGUAGGAGGGACAUUGAUGAUAUCCGGCUAUAUCGCCCUAGCAUUGUAA